CACACACCCUCUAUCACACUCUCACACACUCACAUCCUCUAACACACUCUCUCACACACACACCACAUACACUCACGCACCCUCUAGCACACACUCACACGCUCUAACGCACACACACCCUCUAACACUCUCACACUCACACACCCUCUAACACACACACAUCCUCUAACACACUCUCACACACUCACACACCCUCCAACACACACCCUCACACACACACACCGUCUAACACACUUUCAUACACACACCCUCUAACACACACACACUCUAACACACACACACACUCAAACACCCUCUAACACUGUCACACGCUCACACACACCCUCUAAUACACACACACACGCUCACACACCCUCUAACACACACAUAUACCCUCUGACACACGCACACCCAAACACACCGUCUAACACUGUCACAUUCUCUCUCACACACACACCCUCUAACACUCUGCCACACACACACACACCCUCUAACACACACAUUCUCACAAACGCUCUGACACACACACACACACACUCUGACACGCUCUCACACACACAUCCUCUAACACACUCUCAUACACACCCAAUCAUUCACAUAAACCAAGACUUUCCAGGUGGGCAUUGGUGGGAAUGGCCAGCUGCCCGUAUGGAUAAUCCGAAAUGCAAUGUGUUUGAGUGGACUUCAAUCUGGAGUAUCCGCUGUUUUUUUCUCUCUCUCUCUCUCAACCAUUGCACUUCUAAAACACAGGAAGUGCUUUUUGUGGUUGUCAGAGCAAAACUGUUGGGAGUUACACAAAGCUGAUCAGUUCCCACUUCGCACGGCUUCGACCCUCCACGGAACCGUUCGGAUUGCCCGGGAUGAUGCACAGGCCGAGGACUCAGCCCAUCGCCCAGGUCUUGAGGAGUUCCGCACUCGGCCGCGCUUCACGGAGGAUCUGGCACUAAGUGAAGCGCCCGGUCCCGGACUGACUUCCUAGCUCCCUCGCGUCUGUCCCUCUCUCCCCCACACACACUGUUUGUCUUUCUGUCUGCAUCGCCCUAGGACCCACUGUCCCGAACGAAAACCCAAGGCUCCGCUCAGAAGAAGACAACACAUUGAAUCGCUGUCCGGACUGAUUUCCUCCAAAGCCCCAGAGAAGACGCAUUCCCCGAGGCUGCUGAGAUGCCACGCUCAUUCCUGGUGAAAAGCAAGAAAGCACACAGUUACCACCAACACCGUGUUAUUGAGGAUGACUACAGCAACAAGCUGGAGAAUAUUCUGGCAGAUAUUUGCACAGAGAGCAGGAUAUCGGAAGAUGCUACCUAUUACCCAGAUGGAGCUUGCGUAGAUUCUAAGGGGGAAGGAUCGCCGACAUCUCCGCUAGUUUACCCGGCUGAUGUUCCCGAGUCUCCAGCCAGCUGUGAGGGGAAUAACUGCGGCAGAGGCCCCGAGUAUGAAAACUUAUGGAGACCCCCUUCUCCGUCCGCAUCUCCAGUCUCUGAGAAGUCUCUUUCCCCUUCGAUGGAGGAGAGCCACCCAUUUGCACUGCCUUUCAAACAGUACGGAUGGAAUAACUACUCGGGUUCUGACUUGAAAUACCUGGUACAGAAUUACCGCCACCCAGUCCUGGAACGGAACUCCGCUGUGGGGCUAUACAGUGAACCAAACUCCGGCACUGGUCUCUACAGCGAGCUCGCCCCCUCCUCUGGCCUGUACGGCGAGCUCAGCAGCACUGCUCCCAGUCUGUACAACGAGCGCAACCGCAGCUUUCACGAGAAAAGAACCGAAAUUAAAGCCGAGUCCGAGCUUCUCUGCAGCCGGCUCCUCUUGAAUAACGGCUCUUACAAAUGCAUCAAGUGCAGCAAGGUGUUCUCCACUCCUCACGGUCUUGAAGUUCAUGUCCGCCGGUCUCACAGUGGCACCCGCCCCUUCGCCUGUGACAGUUGUGGUAAAACAUUCGGCCAUGCGGUCAGCCUGGAGCAGCACAAAGCCGUGCACUCCCAGGAAAGGAGCUUUGACUGCAAGAUCUGUAGUAAAACUUUUAAAAGAUCUUCUACAUUGUCCACACACUUGUUGAUUCACUCAGACACCAGACCUUACCCCUGUCAGUACUGUGGGAAGAGAUUUCACCAGAAGUCAGACAUGAAGAAGCACACCUUUAUUCACACAGGUGAGAAACCACACAAGUGCCAGGUGUGCGGCAAAGCUUUCAGCCAGAGCUCGAACCUGAUCACACACAGCCGCAAACACACUGGCUUCAAGCCUUUCGGCUGCGAUCUGUGCGGCAAAGGGUUCCAGAGGAAAGUGGACCUCCGAAGGCACCGUGAGACCCAGCACGAUUUGAAAUAAGCGGCGAGUGAACAGCGCAGAGGAAGGACCCUGUGGUGGAGGAAUUGCAGUUCCUUAGCCCGGCCGAGAUGACCCACGGGUCAAUGUUGCCAGCGUGUGUAUGUGUCCUCAGUGUAGGAUGGAGAAAGUAGCAGGGACCAUCUGAGGACGAGGUGGACUUCUCCGCGUGUUCGAGGUGUUGGCUUUCUUACAAACAAUGCAGGCAGCUCAAGGCUAAUAUCCUGCCUUGGUAAAUUUCACAUUGUCCCGUUUCUAACUUAUCUUUUCUAAAGUAAAACCCUGUACCUCACACGUUAAAAGGUGAAACGUGUGAAUUCACUAGAAACUGGAAACUAAUUGCUCGAACCGACAUUUCCUUCGGGAAAGAAAAAUGUUGUUUUAUAAACCAGUUUGAAAACAUGACAAAAUUGUCUCGGCUUAAUGUCUGAGUGCUCAUGAUGUAGUUAUUGACAUAGACCAGACACACGGGCGUGUUUGCUGAGGAUAGUUAAAAAAUCCCCUGCAGUUCCCAACCAGCAAACCAAAAACCUCUUACAAUUUGACUCCUUUCCGGAGGCAGUAAGAUCAGAAUGUCGCCCCGUCCCACAGCCACCGGGCCUCUAACAGUCUAAAGGCAAAGCAUAAUCAAAUUCAACCCUGUAUUUGCUAUUGCCCCCAAUGGUUACUCUUUCUCAAGAGAUCGGAAUGACAGAGUUCGACUCGGUUAUGUUCGAGAGAGAAAACAAGUUUUUGGGGUAAACCUUCUCCCCGCUUCCCAUUAAUGUAUUUUUGUGUCUUGUAUUAAAGACUGUUCGUGAGGGAAUGGUGGGGUCCAGCGGGAAGGUGGUAACAAGCCAAGAUUGGACACAUUCGACAUUGGGCCCGUCCGCUGUUAAGUAUCUUCAUGUUUUAGCGACGAAUUCAGCAACAGAAGAUGCCUCACUGUUUUCCUUUAGACGAAAGCCCUUGAAUUGUAGUAAGUGUACUGAGGGACGCGGUUGGGUUGUAGAGGCCAGACCCGGGCGGUAUUAAAAGUUUCUGGAUGGCAAUCGGAUGCAGUUAGACACAGACUGAUGCCUGUUUAACCGCUUCCCCAUUAACAGAACAGAGGUCAGCCAAGCUGGUCAUUUUCUGAGUGCGACUACUAAAUGGGCAGACUGUCAAACUUCAUUUCAAUAUUUUCCUGUGCAAACGUUAAUGAGUGUGCUAUUAUAAUCUAUUCGACUUUAUUUAUU